GCUCGCUCAGAGAUCAGGGAGAUUGAAGGUCAACUUCACUAAUGCUUGGAACUAGGUUGGAACUAGGUUGAGGAGUUCAGAGAUCAGAUUGUGCGCAUGGCAGCAUACGUGCGCGAGCGAUGGGAGUCGCCUGCAGUUCCCCAUGCAUUAGCUUGUCGCGCUGAGCCAUUCACGGAGGCAGCAUGCGACCUGAGCCUCGGGGCAGAUUUCCUUGCUUCUGUCGAGGCGGCUAAGCUGCUGAAUCCCGUGCUGCCGGAGCCAUACCAGUUGGUUCUCUACGGGCUGUACAAGCAAGCGACUGCAGGCAGCAUAACGUCGUGUGCACCAGAAGACGUGGACACUGAUGAUCAAGAGAGGCUUCAGGCAUGGCGGGAUUUCGCAGGUCUUAGCAUUGAGGUCGCCAUGGUGAACUACGUUCAGAAGGUGAAGCAGUUCCAGAUGCUCUUCUCGCCUUCUACCUGAAGCAACCUGGCCAGGUGAUGAGGAGCAUUGCAGGUCGUGCUAUGGGUAGAGUCUGGUAGGGCAACCCUCGUGCCACGCUGGAGGUGUCUGUAAAUAUGUAACAUCAGCUGGUGCGUUCUCAAGAGUUCUUGCUUGUAUGUUC